AUGUCCCACGACGCCUUCCUGCUGGACCAGCUCAGACUGGCCGCCUUUGCCCCCCCAGCUUUCGCAUACCCCCCAUCCAUCCCCCCUCACGUUUCGUCGCACGUGCCCUCUCACGUGCCCUCGCACAUGGUGGGCCAAGCGCCACCCCCUCAUGUCUCGGGGAAUGCUUCCUCUAUGACCCAUUCUCUUUCACAAGUGUCCUCGCAAUCCACUGUUCAGGCUUCACAGGCGUCGCAGCCUGCCCAAACAGCCGCUCAGCCUGGAACUGGGUCCCCUCAGGUGUCAGGCUCGACUUCUGCCCCAGCUCAUCCUCUAUAUGUCAAUGCUCGUCAAUACCAUCGUAUUUUGAAAAGACGUCGAGCAAGAUUGUUACUAGAAAAUCGGUUGAGGACUCUUCGUGCGCAGGCUCGUACUGAGAUUCCAAUACCGGGUGAUAAGAAACCUUAUUUGCAUGAGUCUCGUCACAAACACGCCAUGCGUAGACCACGUGGUGAAGGGGGACGGUUCUUGACUCAUAAGGAAUUGGAAUUGCUGAAGCAGAAGCAAAAUGGAUUGCCAUAA